AUGAGUGGAAUGCCCAAAACAUGGUUUUGGAAAAAGUCUUUUUACACAUUACGUCUUCAGUAUCAUGGCUGUACAAAUAGACCGUUUUUUCAUAUUGUGGCCACUAAAAGGAGGAUUGCAAGAGAUAGAGGGUAUAAUGAGCAAGUUGGUACUUACGAUCCUCUGCCCAACACCAGGAAUGAAAAACUUGUAAGCUUGAAUAUGGACAGAAUCAAGUACUGGUUGGCCCAGGGUGCUGAGCCGUCUAGGCCUGUUCAAGAACUGUUUGCUCUAGCUGGAAUAUAUCCAAUCAGGGGAACAUUAGUGAGAAACGCAGAAAGAAAAAAGGCCUCUCAGCUAAAGUGUUCGGAGAGCUCAAGUGAGCAGGAAACAGAGUCUUAG